AUGGCUAGCCUGUUCAACUUUGCCAAGAAGGGCGGCACCUUCCGCUCCGUCAAGAAUGUGCCGGUGGGUGCCAAGGGGCUCACCCUCAAGCAGCACAUCGAGCACACACUGGGCACAGGUGCGGUGGAGGAUGCCGUGCGCCUUCCGCCAGGCGAGGACCUGAACGAGUGGCUAGCGGUCAACACAGGCAAGUUCGUCUUCUACAACGCCAUCAACGUGCUGUACCAGGUCCUGGACGAGACGCUGUGCACCUCCACGCGCUGCCCGGUGAUGUCUGCUGGACCGCAGUACGAGUACCUCUGGGCGGACGGGCUCAAGGUCAAGACGCCCGUCAAGUUGUGUGCCCCGGACUACAUUAACUGCCUGUUUGACUGGGUGGAGGACCAGCUGGACAACCCCGGCAUCUUCCCGCAGCGCUACGGCGGCUUCUUCCCGCCCACCUUUGCCGCGACGGUGCGCAACAUUCUCAAGCGCCUCUUCCGCGUCUACGGCCACAUCUACCACUCACACUUCAGGCAAGUUGAGAAGCUGGAGCUGGAGCCGCACCUCAACACCUGCUUCCGCCACUUCAUGCUCUUCACCCUGGAGUUCAACCUGAUUGACGAGCGGGAGCUGGCGCCUCUCAAGGAGCUCAUAGACCGCAUGGUGCGGUAG